AUGAACGUCCAGGAGCUGCAAGCCGUGCCAUCGCUGGAAGAAGGAACCAGAGCAAUCCCACGAAUCCCCCUUGAUCUACGAAAGCACAAAGCAAGCAUCGCCAUCCAUUUCUCAAUCAUUGCAUUCUCCAGUGGUAUCCUUCCGGUUGUCUUGUACUUUGCACUGUUAUACGGAGCUUCGCUGUCACCGCACUUGACUUUUACAAUCAUCUUUCCAGUCAUCGGGGUCCCAGCGUUGUAUGGUUAUAUCGUGUGCACGUACAGACUCAUCCGACAUGAAGAGUAUCGACCCCUCGGUUACAGCAAGUGGUGGCCAUUCGACUACUUCCACAUCAACUUCCUCGCUGGAAUCGUGUACAUCACCGUCUUGCUCACGCUCGGAAACACCGAGCAACGCACCAACCUUCGCCUCCUGUCUCUAUUCAAGCCAUUGGUCGUGUUUCAACUGUCUGGUCAGUUCAUCGUUCUAAGGCUCAUGGCCCUUGUCGGCCUGCGCACUCCGUUCCGAAUGUCCUCCUAUCCCAUGGGCUCGCCCAUACCUUCUGGCGCGGCCGUGGUGGCAGAGGACAUUGUAGCCGUCGACGGCAACCGCAAGAGCGAAUUCAGAACCGCAUGGCAAGCUCGUCUCGCCGCCAGCCCCAUCGCAGCUGCAACCGCCACUCGUCUAGACUGGAUUUGGGGCAUUUCAGGUCUCGUGUUCGGUGGUGCUAUAAUGGCCAUAGUCUUCACACUCGAAAAUCCAGAGAUCGCAUUCGCCAUCAGCUUUAUUGUUCCUUGGGUUUGGGGAGGAUUGAUGGCUUGGAUUACAAUCAAGAUAGCUUCCAAUGCGACAGCUCUUGAAAAGCAGGAAUAUGGUCGCUGGGCUACAGUGUAA